AUGUCUUCUUUUCGGUACAAUUCAAGUACGAAUCCCUCCAUCGUUCUCAAAGGACUAGAAUCUCUACUGGAUCUCGAAGAACUUUGUGAUGUAACACUUCUUACAGAAGAUGGAAUGUCAAUAUCAGCGCAUCGUAAUAUUCUGUCCGUGGGAAGCCCUUACUUCAGGGCCAUGUUUACUGGGAAGUUAAAAGAGAGUAAAAACGAAAACAUCACUUUAAAGGGAGUGACUGGCUCGGCUUUACGAUGUAUAAUUCGAUUCAUGUACUGCUCUUCUUUGGAUGUCGAUGAAACCAAUGUGGACGACAUUCUAAGUGCGUCGGAUUUGUUUCAAAUGAAAGAGAUAAAGAAUGUUUGUUGUCAGUUUCUUAAAGAACAACUCCAUCCUUCAAAUUGUCUCGGUAUAGCUGCGCUUGCUGGUGGAUUCUCGUGCGAGGAACUGUGGAGCGAGGCCCGAAAAUAUGCGGUGAAACAUUUUACUGACGUAAUAAAAUGUGACGAGUUCAAAGAGCUUCCUUUAGACACUCUUAAGCAAUUGUUGUUGGAUGAGAAUGUUUGCAUUCGGUCAGAGGAAGAUGUAUUCAACGCAGCUGUUGAGUGGAUUUCAGAAUCUGUAGACCGUCUGAAGUAUUCAGGCGAAGUUCUAAGCUGUGUCCGACUUCCUGUGUUAUCUCCUUCGUUCCUGAAUUCACAAGUUCUCAGCAAUGAAUUGCUGUCAAAUGAUCCUGAAUGUAAGCAGUUGUUCAAAGAAGCACUUACUUAUGCAUCUUCUCCUACUUCAGAAAAACGUAAGCAAUCUUCAGCCACAAAGAUGCAGCCUCGCAUUCCCUCAGGAUUUGGUGAUGUCCUUGUUGCCGUUGGUGGUCUCCACCUUGGUGUUCCUGUGGCAUCUGGAGAAAGGUACAAUUUGUACACUGAUGAGUGGAUCCCAAUCGAGGACAUGCCCACAUUCCGUUAUGGUGUCGCAGUUGCCCAACUUCAUGGGCAGAUUUAUUGUCUCGGUGGUUUCGAAAAUGGAAGAUUUCUUAGUACUGUUGAAAGUUAUGAUCCCGAGGAAAAUGCAUGGACAAUUCGAGCUCCAAUGCUUGUGUCAAGAAAAUAUUUUGGUGCAACUUGUCUUGGUGGUAAAAUCUAUGCCUUGGGAGGUUCUAACAGUCAACGUCGACUCAAAAGUGUUGAGUGUUUUGAUCCAUAUGAAAAUCAGUGGUCCUUUGUGGCCCCAAUGUCGAGUCCUAGAAUGUACUUGGCUGUAGGCGCUCUGGGUGGACUGUUGUAUGCUGUGGGAGGCCAUGAUGGUAUCUUGCGGCUGAGCACUGUGGAGUGCUAUGACCCCCAGACAAAUGAAUGGAGCUAUGUGACAUCCAUGGGUAAGCUCAUUGGAAGGUUUGCUUAUAUGCUUGCUUUAUGUGAAUGUUGAUAUUUUCACUUCCAAAUGAUUUUCUUGUGUGUGCAUGUCUGAGUGUGUGUGUUUCUAAAGCUUUAACUUGAGCUUGUUUCAUUUGUCAUCUAAAGGAAUUAACAUCACUAAAAUCAUCAUUUCCAUAAAGACAUGCACAAGUUUCAAGUGACUAUGGACUUUUUUUUCUUCAUGACAGCUGAUUUUAAUAAUAUUAUUAAUAACAGCAUUAUUGUUCAGGGCUGUCAAAAAGUUUUUAAGUAGCAGGCUGAUAAUGAAUAGUAGGUGGCUUUGGAACUCGCAAAAAAGGAACAAGUUUCUGAGGGCCGAGGCAUCUAGGGACAUUUUGUAAUUUAGAGUCUCAGAAAUGUCAUUUCCAGGGGGUUUGAAGAGGUAUUUUCCAACGCGGAUGCCAUGUUGUUUCGUCAGAAUACACGCAAGACUAGGACGAAUGCCAUUGAAAUGUCCCAGGUGUUCCACAACAUCGCACGGUUCAAGCAUUUCACAGAAAACCUGUUUAAAUAUUCGCUCAAAAUCAUUCAAAACUGGGAAACAGAUGUUUUAUUUUAUUUGAUGGUGCUUUUUUUUUUUGUUAGCAGUUAAGUAGAAGGAGUUUAAAGUAUCCAGCUAAGGAUGGCUAACUAACCGGCGGUUUUGCCAGGCUACCGGCCCUUAUGGACAGCCCUGAUUUUUUAUAUUUUUCAUAUUAAUUAAUCUACCUCACUAGUUUGGUUAGGAUGUGCAAAAUACCAAAUAAUCUGUACUCCAAAAUGAGGAGGCAAGUAGGUCUGAUAAAGACAGAACAAAAGGACAAAAUUUCAAUAUGAUUUUAUGUUUGUCUGGAUGGUUUUUAGCAAAGAUGUCCAAUGGUGUCAUCAUAAAUUAAUUCCAAAUUGUAGCAUUCUUAUUCUAUCAUUCUAAUGAUUACAAUGAUACAAUAAGAAUGUUACUUUCAGUUUAACACACUAAGGCAUCAUCUGGCCAAACAGUUUCAAACGACUUAAGACUGACCAAUAAAGACCCAAACAACAACAGAAAAUGACAACAACAACAACAACAAAACUUUAUUGAUAAGCAGAUAAUAUAACGAAAGCUCCGCCCACAGCUUAACAAGCAGGGGUGAUGUAUUAUCAGGUUUGAAAACUCGAGGCAAAGCCAAGAGUUUUUACACCUGAUAAUACACUCCUGUGAGUUUUUUGAACAGCUUCAAAUUCUCUGAUAUAGAUCAACUCAUUCUUGCAUUAAUAUUUAGAUCUGGGGUUAUUUUGGUCUAAAAUGUAAAGUUUAGCCAUAUCUAUCAAAUAUAAAGACACUCAUUAAAUAUUAAUUUCUUUUGUUUUUUGCCAUGAAUUAUUAAUGAGCUUUGGAAUGUGAAUUUGUAACCUCUGGCUGUUACCCCUAGUGUUAAGUUUCAAUAUAAAAAUUUCAUUUGCAUUUUACAGAUAAACCAAGAUCUGUUGCUGGCGUCGCAGUGCUUGAUGGCCUUCUAUACAUCAUUGGCGGAUUUGACGGAAACAAUUAUCUUCAGGAUGCAGAUGUGUAUGACCCGGAGACAAAUUCCUGGACAUCAGUCUCACCACUCAAUGAUAAACGCUCUGCGACAAGUGUGACAGUAAUGAAAGGACGAAUAUUUGCCGUUGGGGGCUUUAAUGGUCAGUUUCUGUCAAGUGUGGAAGUGUAUGACCCUACAAUCAACCAGUGGAGUUAUGUAUGUGGUAUGUCUAUUCCAAGAGUCCACUUUGGUGCUACUGUAGUGUAGUGUAAAUAAAACAUUGUGUGAAGUAGGGGUGUACUGUAAGAAAUAGUGUAGCGGGAAAGUAUUCCAUUUCAAAAAGCCUUUGUUGUUUUGCUGGGGUUAAAAAUAGUUCACUUGUUUGUGUCUGUGUUUUUUAAAUUGUUUAAUUAAAAAAUGAACAAUGUCAAAGAAAGUUUGACAAUACUUUAACGCAUAAACUAGAAAAAUGAGGAAAACAGGAG